UAAAGGUCACAUGCAAAGUGAUAAAAGUUGAUACUAAAAAAUUUCCAGUGCCUACUCAGUACUCACUAGUCAUUCAUUUCAUCACUUGUCUCUACCUUUCUCAUUUUAAUACAAAAACAGCCAUUUCUCUGUCUGCGCACUACUGUAAAAGAAUACAAAAAAUUAGCCAUCUAAAAUUCCAUCUCUCUCUGCAAAAACAUAAUGGCCUAGCUGUUCUUGGAUCCAGAGAUUCUGGUUUCUUUAAAUUUAUUAUAUAAACCCUUAAUUUAAUCCAUAGCCCACAUGACAUGAUUUUCUUUAUCUCCCAAUUGUUUCUCCCUAGGCUCAAAUCUUCUUCCUAUUAUUUGUGUUUGCACACAUUGGAAUUUGUAGCAUAGGUCUAAUGCCUGUUAAUUCAUGGACCCUUUUCUGGGCUUUCAUUUUUUUCGUUUUAUCAACUGUUUCGGGUUUGAAUCCACAGGGGGAAGCGCUUAUAGCGUGGAAGAGGACGUUGAAGGGGUCCCUCGAGGCAUUAAGCAAUUGGGAUACAACAGACGAUACCCCUUGUGAAUGGUUCGGGUUAGCUUGCAACUUCAAUAAAGAAGUUGUGGAGCUGAAUUUGAAGUAUAUGGACUUACUUGGAAAUGUUCCGAGUAAUUUCAGUUCUUUGGCGUCGUUGAAGAAGCUAGUCUUGUCCGAGACAAACUUGUCAGGAUCAAUUCCGGAGGAGAUUGGAAUUCUUCAAGAACUGACGUACUUGGAUUUGAGUGACAAUGCAUUGACAGGUGAAAUUCCAGAUGAGAUUUGUCACUUGCCCAAGCUAGAACAACUUCUUUUGAACACGAAUAGACUGGAAGGAUCUAUUCCGGCUGCGAUUGGGAAUUUAACGUCCCUGAUGUCGUUGAUUAUCUAUGAUAAUCAACUUGGAGUUUUGGACCUUUCUUACAACCAGCUAUCUGGGGACCUUCAUUAUCUCACCGAACUUCAAAAUCUUGUGGUGUUGAAUGUGUCAAAUAAUCAGUUCUCGGGACAUGUGCCUGAGACGUCAUUCUUCGCCAAGCUGCCACUUAGCGUUCUAGCUGGCAAUCCCGAGCUGUGCUUUUCGGGUAAUGCGUGCUCUGCCGACAAGGUUGGCGCCACUAAACACGCGGCCAGGGUGGCAAUGGUGGUGUUGCUCAGUACUGCAUGCGUCCUACUAUUGGCUGCACUCUACAUUAUCCUCGGAGGCAAAAUGCGGGGACGUGGUGCCCACAAUUCUGAUUUGGACAGCGUCGGCGAUGUGGAGUUAGGCCCGCCAUGGGAGGUCACAGUGUACCAAAAGCUUGAUUUCUCAAUUGUUGAUGUGACCAAGUGCUUGACAGCUGUCAAUGUGAUUGGUCGCGGUCGAUCGGGCAUAGUUUAUCGAGCAAACAUUCCAUCAGGAUUAGUUAUUGCUGUAAAAAGAUUCCGGGUAUCGGAAAAGUGCUCUGCAUCGACAUUUUCGUCUGAGAUUACAACGUUAGCUCGCAUUCGACACCGGAACAUCGUUAGACUAUUAGGUUGGGCAGCUAACCGGAGCACCAAGCUAUUGUUCUACGACUACAUGCCUAAUGGUACAUUAGGUUCAUUGUUGCACGAGGGAUGUGGAGGCGUACUCGAGUGGGAAACUCGUUUCAAUGUUGCUCUAGGAGUGGCAGAGGGUUUAGCCUACUUACACCACGACUGUGUGCCCCCGAUCCUCCACCGAGACGUCAAGGCACACAACAUUCUCUUGGGGGAUCGGUAUGAACCAUGUAUGGCUGAUUUUGGGCUUGCCAGGUUCAUCGAGGAAGAAAAUGCUUCAUUUUCAGCAAACCCCCAAUUUGCUGGAUCAUAUGGCUACUUUGCUCCUGAAUAUGCUUGCAUGGUCAAAAUUACUGAGAAGAGCGACGUCUAUAGUUAUGGAGUCGUGUUGCUAGAAAUCAUAACUGGAAAGAAACCAGUUGACCCAUCAUUCCCUGAUGAACAACACGUGAUUCAAUGGGUUCGGGAUCACCUAAAGAGUAGAAAGAACCCUGUUGAUAUCAUUGAUCAAAAGCUUCAAGGCAAUCCAGACACACAAAUUCAAGAAAUACUCCAAGGCCUCGGAAUAGCCCUACUCUGCACCAGUAACCGGGCAGAGGAUCGCCCAACAAUGAAAGACGUCGUGGCCUUAUUAAAGGAAAUCCGGCAUGAGCAGACUACAGUAAGUGAAUCCCACAAGACAGCCAGCAUAUCAUCUAAAAUCUCCAAAGUUCCAUCGAAUUCAUCCCCAUCAGUGACCCCAGCUCAGUUGCUCGUGCAAGGGUCGUCUAAUUGCUCGUUCACUUACUCCUCUUCCUCAGCAAGUUACAACACAGUACAUCAAUAAUUUGUGCAAUGUAACAUUAAGAGUAGAACAGCACUGUAAAAAGUACUUCUAAGUGUUUAGGUUCAGCCGAGUGUAUAGCAACCUAACAAAAUUAGUUCUAUCAAGUGGAUGAGUCUGUGAUUUAAUUACAACGAUCCAACUCUUUUGUUGCCUAUUCAAGCAUUUACACAAUAUGCUAACAUUAAUUCUUGUGUGUAAGCUGUGCUUAUUCAA